AUGGAUUUUGAUAUAGUCCAUAGGCAGAAUAUUCUUGGUCAAUAUUCAAACCCUACUUACAUUGAAAAUCCAUACACACACCAAGCAAAUGAUCAUAAUAAUAAGGUUUUUUCUGCUUUGUCUCAUCAAGUGGAAGUGAAAAAUCUUGAUAGUAAUAAUCCAUCGGUCGAGGGCUCGUCUUGGGAUAUCAGCAACCCUAAUUCGGAUCUUCUUUGCUCGCCGUUCGAUUAUCCUUUCUAUCUGUUUCAUCAAUCGUGUUUCGGAAAGUCGAAUCAAGAGUAUUACUUAUCGGCCGGUUAUUGCACGACCCCUUUUGUGCAAGAACACGAUGUGCAGGAUUUGCACGUGUCGAGUAAUGUUGUUGUUAAUGUGGAUCGAUCGAGAGGUCCUUUCUCAACGAUGGAUCGAUAUCAAAUGGACGAGGAUUUGGAUUAUUCUGAGAAAACGAGCUUGUCGAAUGGUCGAUUCUCGGAUAAUGACACCAAGAAAAUGUCGAAGAGGAAAAGAAUUAUCGAUAACAAGUCGGAUAUAAUAAAAGGCCAAUGGAGUCCCGAGGAAGAUAGGUAUACUUCUUGUGAGGUUUUGUGA